AUGGCAUCUACACAGCAAACAUCGACGGCCGUCGAAUUACAAGACAAUCCAGGUCAAGAGAGACAGUUAAAGGCACCAGCACCCACUACAGCGCCCCCUUCAGACAAUGCCAUGCAGGCAUCCCUCCUCGCAGACUCACAAGUCCCAGAUGGAGGUAAUGGCUGGAUUGUCAUCUCCGGGUGCGCAAUGGUCACUUGGUGGGUUACUGGAACAGCAUAUUGCUGGGGAGUUCUCCAAGCUGCUCUAGUCAAAGAGGGAGUGUCGUCGUCAUCUACUUUGUCGUUUGUAGGCUCUUUAGCACCGGCUUGUAUUUCGUUUCUGGGGAUUAUCAAUGCUCGUGUCAUUCGCAUCGUUGGGACACGGGUUGCUGGUCUCUUUGGAAUAUUCUGUCUGGGGCUGGGGGAGAUACUAAGUGGGUUUUCAUUUCAGAAUAUUGGCGGUCUUUUUGUAACAGCAGGUGUUGUCAUGGGAAUUGGAAUUAGCGUCUGUUUCAUGGUCGUCUCUGUGAUUCCAGCGCAAUACUUCAAAACUAAACGCGGCAUUGCAAACGGUAUCGUCUACGCUGCCGGAGGCCUCGGAGGCGCUGUGAUAAGCUUCAUCCUCAACGCAUUGCUCAAUAGCCUAGGCACAGCAUGGACGUUCAGAAUCCUUGGUUUCAUCACGCUAGCUACGGGCCUGCCAGCAGCAUACUUGAUUCAACAACGAGUUCCAAUCCCUCCAACAAAGUUCGUCGAGUGGCGCCUAUUCCGCGACAUCCGCUUCAUCCUCCUCUUCAUCGCCAGCGCAAUCGCAACCUUUCCCCUCCUCGUUCCAGCAUUCUACCUCCCCCUCUACACCAACGCAAUGGGGAUGAACUCCAGCGUCGGCGCCGCAAUGGUCGCCGCCUUCAACUUCUCCUCCGCAAUUGGCCGACUUCUCUGCGGCUUCUGCUGCGAUUCCGUGGGUCCGCUGAACACGCUAUUCAUGUCACUGUUGCUUAGUGCGUUAAGCAUGUUGAUUCUCUGGCCUGUGUCGCAGUCUAUUGGUCCUUUGGUUGUGUUUGUUAUUAUUAAUGGGAUGGCAAAUGGGGGGUUCUUUUCAACUAUGCCGACUGUUGUGGGGAAUGUUUUUGGGUCCGCCAGGGUUGGUGUGGCUAUGGGGAUGGUUGUUACGGGGUGGGCCGGGGGUUAUCUUUUCGGCGCCCCCAUUGCAGGAUAUAUAUUGGAUGCCGCUGGCGGCGAAGACAAUGGUCUCAAAGCAUAUCGCCCGUCAAUUUUCUAUGCAGGAGGAAUGGCUCUGGCUGCGGCAGCUUUAGCAGCUGGUAUCCGGUUGAAGACAGAGAAAAGUCUGGCUAAAAAGCUUUAGUUGUUGCUAGAUAAUGAUGUUGUAUGGACCUUCGAUAUAGUAUUCGGGCCGUGGCCGUAACGGU